AUGGUUUUUGGUGUGAGCGGUCUCGCCUUGGUGAGCUCUGUUGCUCAGGCCGACUCCUUGGUCGACUCACAGAUCCUUACCGAUCCCUAUCUUUAUGACUUCCCUCGUCUAGGUGGCCAUGGUGCUGAACAGUUUGCUAUGCGACCUUGCCACGGCUUUAAGCUGGAGGAGGCUACUAUAGAUCAAAUACAGGCCCAGUUGGAGAUUGGCACUUUCACCGGUGUUCAAUUGCUGGAAUGCUACAUGGACCGUGUCCACCAGACUCAGCCUUACUUAAAUGCUAUCCUGCAAGUGAACCCGGAUGCUUUCUCCAUUGCCCAGAAGCUCGAUGCGGAGCGUGCCAAUGGCAUUGUUCGUGGUCCUCUCCACGGUAUCCCAUUCAUUGUCAAGGAUAACAUUGCCAGUAAGGAUCGUAUGGAGACCACUGCCGGCAGCUGGGCUCUGCUCGGUAACGUCGUGCCCCGUGAUUCCUACGUUGUCCACGGCAUGCGCAAGGCCGGUGCUCUGCUUCUGGGCAAGGCUGCUCUGAGCGAGUGGGCCGACAUGCGCUCCAACAACUACUCCGAAGGCUUCAGCGCCCGUGGCGGCCAGUGCCGUAGUGCUUAUAACUUCACCGUUAACCCCGGUGGCAGCAGCACUGGCUCCGGUGUCGCCGUCGGCGCUAACCUGGUCCCUAUUGCUCUUGGAACCGAGACCGAUGGCAGUGUCAUCAACCCCGCUCAGCGCAACUCCAUUGUUGGUAUCAAGCCUACCGUUGGUCUGACCUCCCGUGCGGGUGUCAUUCCCGAGUCCACUCACCAGGACACCGUCGGCACCUUCGGCAAGACCGUCCGUGAUGCUGUCUACGCCCUAGAUGCCAUCUACGGCAUUGACUCGCGCGACAACUACACCUCCGCCCAGGAGGGUCGCACCCCCAAAGGUGGCUACGCCCAGUUCCUGACCGACCACACCGCUCUUAAGGGUGCCGUCUUCGGUAUCCCAUGGGAGUCCUUCUGGGCCCUUGGCGACCCUAAGCAAAUCGCCCAGCUCCUCGACCUGGUCGAGCUGAUUGAGUCCGCUGGUGCCACCGUCAUCAACGGCACCGAGCUCCCUCACUACAAGACGAUUGUCUCUCCCGAUGGCUGGAACUGGGACUACGGUACCACCCGCGGUUAUGCCAACGAGUCCUCAUACUCCUACAUCAAGGUCGACUUCUACAACAACCUGCACGAUUACCUGUCCGAGGUCGAGAACACCAACGUCCGCUCCGUCGAGGACCUCGUCCAGUACAACAUCGAUAACUACGGCUCCGAGGGUGGUCUGCCCGGUAUCCACCCUGCCUUCGGCUCUGGCCAGGACGGUCUCAUCGCUUCCCUCGAGACCAAGGGUCGCAUGGACGAGACCUACUUCCAGGCUCUGGAGUUCUGCCAGCGCACUACCCGUGAGGAGGGUAUCGAUGCUGCUCUGAAGCAGGGCAGCGUUACUCUCGAUGGUCUCCUUGUGCCUCCCGAUGUUGCUCAGAGCAUUGAGAUCGCUGCCCAGGCUGGUUACCCUGUUAUCACUCUGCCCGCUGGCGUUAGUGAUGUCUCGGGUAUGCCCUUUGGUCUUGCUAUCAUGAACACUGCUUUCUCCGAGCCCACCUUGAUUAAGUACGCUAGUGCUAUCGAGGAUCUGAAGAAGAACCAAGGCGCUAAGGGUGACCGCGCACUCCCCCAGUGGCGCGGCUACCUUGAGCGUCCUCUGCCUGUCGCUUUCUAG